GCUUUAGUCACUUGCUUGCAAGUGUGUGACUAUGUCACCCAGAACAGGGAUUCUUCUGCCUGACUCGCAACAGGAUCGGAAGGGAUAUGAAUCCUAGGGGCCAUAAGGAGGGUGUGUGUGUGUGUGUGUGGAGGUGCGACGAUGUCGAUGUCUCCACUCGGCUUCUCUUUCCUCGCCCUCACAGGUGGCAAUCCAAGCAAGGGCACAUAGGGCCAGUUGCAUCUGCGCAGGAUCCGGAACCCCACUGCCAACCGCUCGCGCCAAGGACCGCAAUUCUCCUCAGCUGGCAAGAUUCUGGGUCGCCACCACUUUGUGCAGAUGGGACACUCGAAGCUGCUCUUCGGCCGCGCGGCCUACGGGAGCGUGCAAGAAAAAUGUCGAGCCCCGGUAUCGAUGGUGACCCCAAGCCUCCAUGCUUGCCUCGAAACGGUCUGGUGAAGCUGCCUGGCCAGCCCAACGGCCUAGGUGCAGCCAGCAUCACCAAGGGCACACCUGCUGCCAAGAACCGUCCUUGCCAGCCACCACCCCCACCGACCCUCCCACCUCCAAGCCUGGCUACACCACUAUCCCGGGUUGCUCUGGCCGGGGGGCCAUGCCCCCCAGCCAGUGGACCAGCCUCGGGUCCAGUGUCUGGACCCCCAGUGGAGCGGCCACCACUGGCCACAGACGAGAAGAUCCUUAAUGGGCUUUUCUGGUAUUUCUCAGCAUGUGAGAAGUGCAUACUAGCUCAGGUGUGCAAGGCUUGGCGGCGUGUGCUCUACCAGCCCAAGUUCUGGGCGGGCCUCACGCCUGUGCUGCAUGCCAAGGAGCUGUACAACGUGCUGCCUGGAGGCGAGAAGGAGUUUGUGAACCUGCAGGGCUUUGCUGCUAGAGGUUUUGAGGGCUUCUGCCUAGUUGGUGUCUCCGACUUAGACAUCUGCGAGUUCAUCGACAACUAUUCUCUCUCUAAGAAGGGAGUCAAGGCCAUGAGUCUCAAGCGCUCCACCAUCACUGACGCUGGUCUAGAGGUGAUGCUGGAGCAGAUGCAGGGAGUGGUGCGUCUGGAGCUGUCAGGCUGCAACGAUUUCACCGAGGCUGGCCUGUGGUCCAGCCUCAGUGCCCGUAUCACCUCCCUGAGCGUCAGUGACUGCAUCAAUGUGGCAGAUGAUGCAAUCGCUGCCAUCUCACAACUUCUACCCAACCUGGCAGAGCUAAGCCUUCAGGCCUAUCACGUGACUGACACGGCCCUGGCCUACUUCACAGCACGCCAGGGCCACAGCACCCACACGCUGCGCCUGCUUUCCUGCUGGGAGAUAACCAACCAUGGGGUGGUCAAUGUGGUGCACAGUCUGCCCAACCUCACCUCACUCAGCCUCUCAGGCUGCUCUAAGGUCACUGAUGAUGGAGUGGAGCUUGUAGCUGAGAACCUGCGCAAAUUGCGCAGCCUUGACCUUUCCUGGUGCCCUCGGAUCACCGAUAUGGCACUGGAGUAUGUGGCCUGCGACUUGCACCGACUGGAGGAGCUCGUGCUGGACAGGUGUGUACGCAUCACGGACACUGGUCUCAGCUAUUUGUCCACCAUGUCGUCUCUCCGCAGCCUCUACCUGCGAUGGUGCUGCCAGGUGCAGGACUUCGGGUUGAAGCACCUCUUAGCCAUGAGAAAUUUGCGACUCUUGUCUCUAGCAGGCUGCCCGCUCCUAACUACCACCGGGCUAUCUGGCCUCGUGCAACUGCAAGAGCUGGAGGAGCUGGAGCUGACCAACUGCCCUGGAGCCACACCCGAGCUCUUCAAGUACUUCUCGCAGCACCUGCCGCGCUGCCUCGUCAUUGAAUAGCGCAGGCUUCCCGACCCGGCCGCGGGAACCGGCCACGCCCUGGGCAGUAGCCCUUCUUCCAUCCCUGCCGGAGCAUCUCUUCUCCGCCCUGCGCUGGAGGCGGGGCAAGCUGAGGGAAAUCCCGCCCCGUGCCUCCCUUGCUCCUCUGCUCAACUGCUCCUUCCCUGUCUGGGGCAAGAGGCAGAGGGGCCAGCCCCACGCACGCACGCACACUCGGGGACUUUGUGCAUGCCCCUCGUGCCCGCACUGCACGCCCGCCCUCCACCAUGCCACAGCCGCCGCCAUCACUCGCCCGCCUUCUGGGGGUCUAGGUCCUUUUGGGGAUGCUUUGAGUGCAUAUGCCCUCACUGGCUUCCCCACUUCAUUCUGCUCUCUGCCUCCCCUCGCUGUCCCCCCAUCCCGGGCAGGGCCCAAGGGGAUGGAGGGAUUGGUCCCCCAGGACUUAGGGGCCUGGAAGAGCCCCCAAGGGCCUCCCACAUCUUCCACUGCACCGCGCCUGGAGCCCUCCAAAGGGUAUGAGGCGCCACAGGCCACUGCCAAAGCCAUGGCCCCCUGAGGAGCCCAACUCCCCAUGCCCACCUGACCUAGUGGCUUCCCUUCUUCCUUGUUGCCAUAUAGGUCAGUUCUUGUCCUCUGUAUCCUGCGCCCCUACCCCCGUAUCUCCUUCUUUCCCCCUGGCCUACAGAUCCUUGGGCCCUGGCCAGGUUGGGACAGCUUUAGGAGGACGCAGACCUUGGAACAAUCAACAUUAGCCUAACCGGUGCCCAUCCACCUAAGUGCAAGGGUGGAAUAGGCACCUGGCAGACCCCAAUCUGGAGCCACCCACAGGGCUAUCAGGCCUUGGGAUCAGCCCACCCAUUUGAGCCCCUACCCCAGCUGAGCUCAGGCCUCUCAGCACUGUGCUUCUCCCUGGAUAGGUCUCCUCAGGUGGAAUCUGCAGAGGGCCUGGCCAUGAGUCAGGGUCAGUACUGACCAGCGAUUCUGAUCUCCCAGUGGCCAGCACCCCCUUCACACCCCAGGGAAGGAGGGCUCCUUCCCAGUCCUCCUUUAGUUCUCCCAGCUUCCAAAACCUUUGCCUGCCCAAAGGGUUUGUGACCAUGUUCUGUCAGGUCUCAAGAAAUUUGGAAGUCCUAGGGGAUCCUGGCAUAUAGGUGACAAUACCGAGGAAGGGACUGGGAACCUUCCCUCCCAACCUUGAACCCCAGGAGACACAGCACCCACAACUAAUCUUGGGACACCCCUAUCUGGUUGGAAGAGAGUAAACUAAUUCCCAGAGAGCCAGAGGGAGAGAGAGAGAGAGAGAGAGAGAGAGAGAGAGAGAGAGAGAGAGAGAGGAGAGAGAGAGAUGCUGUUGACGAAAAGUAAAGAUUCAACAGCCCAAAGAGUUCCCUGCCCCUGCAGUGUUGGCCAGGGAGGCCCCAGGCUGAAGUGGUCAGGAGCCAGAUUUGUCAGCCCCUCUUCCCACAGUCCCCCAACAGGGAGGGGGAAGCUGUCCAUUUGCCCAAAGUAUUAAUGCAACUGAAGCUGUGAUAUUUCCAAUGACUGUAGGAGGAAAAUUUAAGGGGAGAGAGGAACACAAACAAAACCAACCAACCCCUAAAAUCAUUUUCUUAUUGUACAUAACGACCUCAUUCUCCUGUAUAUGCGGAAGAUAUAACCUUAUAUUUGGUAAGUGUUUCUUGUGCUAUUUUAUCACGUGACCUGUUUAUAAAAAUAUAUAUUAAAAAAGUUGUAAAAACA